UGGGGAUAAAGACAGAGAUGCAGACUCAGGGAUGUGAAAUUCAGGUAGGGGAAAUGGGACAUGGAAAUGAGGGUGCAUACGGGAUUAUGGAAGCUGUGGGGUGGUGGAAAGGAAGCCCUGGGUGCCGGGUCCAGGCAGCAGAGAUGUGGGAAGACUGCGCCUCACUCUUGAACCCCGCCACUCUCCAGCAGGACAAAGAGAAAAAGAAGAAAGAAAGUAUCUUGGACUUGUCUAAGUACAUUGACAAGACCAUCCGAGUGAAGUUCCAGGGUGGCCGGGAAGCCAGCGGGAUCCUGAAAGGGUUUGACCCACUGCUUAACCUGGUGCUGGACGGAACCAUCGAGUACAUGCGAGACCCCGAUGACCAGUACAAGCUGACGGAGGACACACGGCAGCUGGGGCUCGUGGUGUGCCGCGGCACCUCGGUGGUGCUUAUCUGUCCCCAGGACGGCAUGGAGGCCAUCCCCAACCCGUUCGUGCAGCAGCAGGAUGCUUAGAAGGCGGGGCAGCCUCACCCUGGGGCCCUCCCUUCUUGUGUGAGCUUCCGUUUGGUGUUUUGGUUUCUGUUUUUCUAUUUUAUUUUUUAAUAAAAUUGCCGACUUGAGCAUCCACGUCUCCUA